UAAACACGGUAUGGGAUAGCUGUCAAAGUAACCGAGACGCCAUCGAUCGCUGAGAAGACCACAAGAAUAUUAUCUGUAUUCUUUUAUUGACCUCAAUGGGGCGAUUUUUGCUUACAGUUUUGGCUCUUUGCACCCUAAAUGCGUCUGUGCAUGGGAAAGCUAUUGUGAGUCCUAGAAAACAGGCUGAGCUUAUGGAUUACAUGGUAAGGUAUGGAUAUCUGCAUCAACCCGAUCCCAGACUAGAAAAAGAUCUUACUAACGACGAUGUUACAUUGGCCGUGAAAAAUCUCCAACACAUGAGGGGACUGGCAGAGACCGGAAGUCUUCAGGACCCUGACACUGCGGCUCUGGUAGACGUAAAGCGUUGUGCAGUGCCAGACUUUGGGCCAUCGGAUACCGCCAGGAGAAAGCGAAGAUAUGCUGUGCACGGAACGGUAUGGAACAAAAAGCUGUUAACCUACAGAAUCGUCAACUACCCAUCAGCAACCAAGCUUAAAGUUAAAGAAGUCGACGAUACAAUCAGGAAAUCUCUGGAUUCGUGGUCAGCGGUCAGCCAAAUAAAGUUCGAACGCAUAACUGAUAAUAACACAGAAGCAGACAUUAUGAUCAGUUUUGUGACUGGUUACCACGGAGACAGCAGACCAGCGGAUGGGCCCGGGAAAGAGCUGGCACACGCGUUUUUUCCUCUUGAUAACAAAGGUCUGGCAGGCGAUCUUCAUUUUGAUAACGAUGAAGAAUUUGAUAUCAAUGGUAAUCCAACCAAAGUGGAUUUCAACUGGCUCUCGCUACACGAGCUCGGUCAUAGCCUGGGACUAGACCAUUCCUGGCACAUUGACUCUGUCAUGUUCCCGUUUUAUCUGGGUUAUGCUCCAGGUCUGAAACUUGAUAAGGACGAUGUGGAAGGAAUUCAGCAGCUUUAUGGUAAACCAGAAGUGGACCUUGUCACUCCUACUCCCCACACUAAUCCUACACAGCCUCCUGGGAUACCAGAUUUUUGUUCCCUGGAAAAACUUGACGCCAUGGUUAUGACAAAAGACAAGAAAACGUACGCUUUUAGCGGCGCGUUUUUCACGGAGGUCUCUGAUAAAGGGGCUGGUAAAGUUAAGAAAAUAAAAGACCAUUGGCCAGGACUAGAGGAUGGCAUCGACGCUGCAGUUACCAGACGACACAAUGGAUGGACAUACUUUUUCAAGGGCACAAAAUUAUGGAUCUUAAAGAACAAACACUUAAUACGAGGACCAAUAGACAUCACUGUUCCACAUAAAGAUGGUGGGAUGGGCCUUCCGAAGGAACUGUACAACAUGGAUGCCGCUGUCGAAUGGGCUGGGAACGGGCGCAUGUAUUUCUUCAAGGGGGAGGACUAUUGGCGUUAUAACUUUUAUCGACGAAGGGUCGACUAUGGGUACCCCAAGAAAAUCUCCAAAGCCUGGCUUAAUGUUCCGAGUGAUCUGAACUCUGCCUUACAGUGGAAGAAUGGCAAAACAUAUUUCUUGAAAGGGAAGAGUUAUUACGCUUUGAAACGUCGAGGAAGACCACGGGUUGAUUCUGGAUAUCCCAAGGAUAUUUCCGCCUACUGGAUGGGAUGUAGCCAAGAGGGACUUAUCAGGGGAAAGAUUUCCCCUGGGAAAUCGUCUUCCUUCUCUGUUUUACCAAGUACUCUUGUCUUGCUGGGAAGCAUGCUAACUUGGUUAAGACUUUAUCAGUAGUGAGCUGAGCUCAAUGGAGAUAUGAACAACAGGAGUUCGAGAAAGAUUCAGGUUUGAGAACUGUAAUAAAACUCUCUGGAGUGGCUCUACAAAGAAUAUAGGAAAACAAAUAGGUAAAAAAUGAUUCAUAGGAAAAUAUUAUGAUGUACAUUUCGAGGACGUCAUCUCACUAAUACUACAGAUAUUUAAUUAUUCUCACAUGCAUGUAACAUUUUCUUCACUUUUGUGAGAAAAUUUGAAAAUCAAGUUAGUUGAGUCCAUGUAAAAUAACAUGUAUAUUCUUGUGUAUAGCAUUUAAAAACUUGGAACAAAUAUUAUCGAAUUUGUUAUAUAGUUGUAUGUUAUCUAUUCCGUCUUAAAAAAACUGAAAAAUUAAAAAUUAGCUUUCAUGUAUAUUCUUGUAAUACUUGUUUGACUACAUGAUAUUGUUUUGUUUUCGUUGACAAAGUACCGAAAAUAAAUUCCAGGCAUUUUAAUCAA